AGCUCUGCGGGGGUCGGAGGGUCGCAGCGUGUCCGUUUGGCUCAUGUCGGGACGACUGGAUGAGCUGGAGAAGGUGAAUGUUCCAACACUUUAUUUCAGAGUGCCGGAGGAUUGCCCUGCUUUCGAAAAGGGCAAAGGUGACGGCAAAGAUCAAGGCAAGAAUCUGGGCAAAAUCAGGCUUGUGGACCUGGAUUCUACCGGAAGGUUUGGUGUGAAGAUCGCGCGCAUUCGGCGUGUCGACAAGACUGACCCUGGCCCUACCUGUGAAGACAAAGACAUCGUCUACCCGGGCCCCAAACACGAAUUGAAGAGAGGCAUCUUGACCUUGAAGAGUCACACUUUAGCUUGGUAGUCACAUUGAAGAAACCAGAACAACCAGAAGAUAUCAAGGGCCAACGGAUUAUGUAGCACAUUGCUUUGAACCAAGACGUCCGAGGGUUGUAGAUUGCGACAUCCUUUUGGCGAGGCCGAGGCGGCCAUUGUUUGUCUCAUAGAGAUUGACUUACCCUGGGUUCGUACCAGGUGGCACCACCCAAAAGCUAAGUUCAGAAGGCUGAGAGACAAUGAAGAAGCCCCCAGUCUUUUGGUUUGACCAUCUCUGAAGCAGGUGACGAGUGUUGGAUUAUUCCACACCUGGGGAAGAUCAAUGAAGAGACCAUGGCUGUUCGUGUCCAAGAUGCUGCAAACGAUCUUUCGACAUUUACGAGUGCGAUUGGCAUCAAAAGCGAAGACUUGACCUGCGAAUUUCUCCCUUGUGUCCGUGUUCCGUAUAAGUGCUCAAAGCCGGCCUCGAUUUGCACAAAUAAAUUCCUUACAAAGGAAUUCCGUGAAAAGGCAGCGAGCUCAAUGAACCUUUACAAGAAGACGACUUUGAAGCCUGACGACGUCGACGUACUCGCGCUGAACAUGCGCCACAACUUCAACAUCAGCCCCCUUGCGGUUGUGCAUACCGGUGGGGAUGGGUUGUGCGAGAUUCCCGAAACGACCAGCACCCUUCUUUUGCCUGGAGACCAUUUGGUGUGUUUCCUUCCGUCCCAUACGUCCGAGCGGUACAAAGAAUGGUUCGAGGAAACCAUCAGCAUCCUGCGAAAUGAUGUUUGGUUGAACUGUCGGAUCGAGAACGGGCCCAAAAAGCGUCUCAUGCGUCGUGGAGGUGGAGGAGAAAACAAGAAGCGGAAAGCAGGCGAAGUACCAACUCGCCCAGAUGAUGCUCGUGGUGGCCACAAGGGCCCUGAAGAUGAUGCGGGGUGUAAUUAACCAGACAGAAUCCGACUUCUCCGACUGAGAUCCACCACGUGCCCAUCCAGAGAACUGAGGUCGGACAUCCAGAUACUUCUGGGCUUCGCUUUGCCUUUGCUUUGCCAAAGCAGAGGCUUUGUAGCUGCGACAGCCAGAGUUUCCUUUGAGCUUUGCGAGCUGGCGAUAGCUGGCGACAGCGGUGGCACCGUGGAUCCGCACCAGAAAAGCGGCCGAAAGGAUCGGCGCUUGAGACAAUACAGCUGGCGGACGUGUGACGGAUGGAUCCGCGGACGUGUGACCUUUCUGUUUUUUCUGUUUCAAUGAGCUCUCAUGACGCUCUCGAUCUUGAGCAGGAGAAGACCCGGAAGAUCACGAGCACUUCCCCGUGUGUCAUGGGGAUGGCUACGUCCCUCGUUAGGCCCCUCCCUCAAAUGAGUCAUAUGUACCUAGAUCUUCCAACCAUUGCCAAUUUUUUGCCUGACUGGGCUGGUUUGAUGGAUGAACAGGCAGAAAUGUGGCAUAGUUGGAAGAUCUGGGUAUGAGGAUCGUAUCCCAUGCGCGCAACCAUCGG